GAUGUAUUAAACAAUUAGAAUUACAGAUGCGCCGCUGUCAGUAAUACAAUCACUUGCAUUUUAUGAUUUAUAUUUUUGCACCGAAACAUUAUUAGAUCAUUUUCUUUAAAUUGAUUAAAUGCAACUUAUGUUGAUUCUAUUAGAGUUCGUAUGUCUCUCCUAGUUUUUAUUCUAUUUCAGGUAGAAAAAAAAACAAUAUGGAGCCUUUAGCCACCAGUAAACGAGUACUAACGUGGCUUUGCCUGUUGCCUGCGAAAAAAAACACCACCAAAUGGGAAAGGGGAUCUUAUGUGGCACUUCUUCUGGCGCUUAUUGUGUCUGAUGUGACUGUUGCCUUAUCAAGUUUUCUAUACAUUCUAAAUUUCAAGUCGCACGAUUUGCAAGACAUUUCGAUAGCGUUGUUUCAAUUCCUUGCCACUAUCCCCGUGGCAAAUACAAUUAUUGUGGCUUUUAUCCAUCGUCAUAAGAUACCGGCAGUUCUUGACAAAUUAUCGAAAUUCUAUGGAAAAUAUAAAGAUGAUGACUCGCUCCGUUUCUUAACCCAAGCAAAUAAUAGAUCUGAAUGGUUUUGGGACUUGUUUUUCAAAUUCGUGUUGGGCGGUUUCAUUGGCAUCUUCUCAACAUUGUCGGUUGCAUCAGUUCUACUUUGUUUGAUGUGGAACGGAUACUUCGACGUGGCCCUAGUUUUUCAUCCAUGUAGAUAUAUUUUGCCUUGGGAUCAAUCAACAAUACCCGGAUAUUUUGCAGAGAUAGCUUUCAGCAUUCUGACUGCCGAAUGCUACAUCGUGUACAACGGUGCGAUUCUUCUAUCAUUCGUUUCGAUUUGUUUGCACCAUCAGGCGUUUUAUAAUAUUUUCUAUUACUCUCUCCGUAAACUGGGCCGUCCGAAUGAAAAGGAGUUACUUUGCGAUCUAGUCGAUUUCCAUAACUCGAUCAAAAGUUGGUUUUCGGAGACGGCAGACAUUUACAGCCCCCAUUUCAUGGUGCAACUCAUCAUCAAUGUACUGAUGUUGGCUAUAUUUGUAUUCCAAUUGGAUCAGCAAAUUUCCAAACACUUCGAAAUCUACGCUCUGUUUCUUUUUCUGUUUGGUACAUUGCUCUUUACAACGAACUUAUUUCUGUGCUGUUUUUUCGGAAAACUUGCAUCUGAGAGCUACAAGCAAAUGUCUGACUCUUUGUAUGAUUACGAUUGGCAUGAGCUACCGUUGUAUUUGCAAAAGCAAUUCAUCAUCAUGAUUGCCGGCGCUCAGAUACCACUUGACUAUUAUGGAUAUGGAAUUAUCACUUUGAACCUGGAAACUUUUUGCGCCUUGCUGAGAGCUGUUUAUACCUACUACAUGAUAAUCAAGACCUUAAGCACAGAGUGAGCUCGUAAAAACGAGUAUGAAUGAAGAUACGCAUGCGAUAUAAAAUGCAUUUGUUUCCUAAAUAACAAUUGCUACGUAAAAUGGAACUCUCAAGUGAAUUGUUCUAUUUUGCUACAUUACGUUGGUAGUGUUACUAAAAAUAUCAGCUAAGUGUCAAUUAUGUCAGUUAAAAAAUUAUCAACAAUUUAAGAGAAAAAGUUUAAUUUUCUACACAAUUUUUUUUUGCAAAUGUGCACAUUUUUUCUAUUUUACAUUUCAAAGCUUUACACUCUUAUACCAAAAACGUUAAAAAUUGAAAUUGUGUAAUUGUCACUGUCAAUAUACAAACGACACUCAGAAUAGCUGAAUGUACUAAGUCUAAU